AUGCGUUUUCAAGGAGUCAUUGGUGCUGCCCUCUUGAGUUCAUCAGCCCUGCAGCAUGUCGCUGCAUCAAUGCAGCCUGAUGUUGAGGGUGACCUCGUCAACAUCGAUGGCGACCUCAUGAACGCUGAGCGUCUUGAGACUCGUCAAUCAACAGGAAAGAUUCCCGUCACUGGAAUCACAGGAAAUGGCGUUCAGCCUAGAAUGGAGCUUCGCACCAUGCAGCAACAAUACCCCGACAUGUUCAAUGUCUUCCUUCUUGGUCUUCGCAGCUUCAUGCAGAUGGACCAGUCAGACCCUCUUUCUUACUAUCAAAUUGCCGGCACUGCUCCCGGAUUUGGCGGUGGUUACUGCACUCACACUUCGAACAUGUUCCUGCCAUGGCACAGACCUUACCUGGCCCUCAUUGAGCUUUACAAGCAUGUUCAACAGGCUGCGCAAUCUUUCCCGGCUGGUGCGACCAGAAACAAGUACGUUGCCGCAGCUCAAAACUGGCGUUACCCCUACUGGGACUGGGCUGCAACACCUUGCUCGAGCUGCAAGGCAUUCCCUGAUCUUAUCGCCAACCAAUGGGCUACCGUCACCACUCCCACUGGUGUGCAGACUAUUGCCAACCCUCUUUUCCGUUAUGACUUCCACCCUGUCUCUGUCUCUGACAUGGUCUACAAUCCUGUAAGAAUCGUCCCUGGUCAUAUCAGCAGAUACCCUACUUCAUGGGAUACCUCUGCAGGCAGUCAGAACAACCUGCUCAAUGGCAUUUUCGCCAACAGUCAGGUGAACUUCCGCGACCGCUUGUACAACCUGUUCACCAACUACAACAACUUCCACCAAUUUGGUGAUUCGGCAUGGAUUACUACUAGCUCCACAAACGCCGAUAGUCUUGAAUCGCUUCACGAUGCCAUUCACUCAAGUAUUGGUAACAACGGACACAUGACCUACCUCGACUACGCUGCAUUCGACCCUGUAUUCUGGUUGCACCACGUUGACAGCUAUGUUGAGCCUCUCGCAGCAGUUGGAAGCACAUUCACCUACCCUGCUGGAACUGUCAACGAUGUCAACUCGGGCCUUACACCCUUCUUCAAGGACGCGGCCGGUUCCAACUGGACUUCGGCCAGCGUACGUGACACCACUACUUUUGGUUACACCUACCCUGAGCUCCAGAACGGUGCCUCUGCUUCUAGCGUCCGUUCAGCGAUCAACAGACUCUAUGGAAAGAACGCUGUUGCCGCUGAUGUCAAUGCAAACGUCAAUGUCGGUAACUCAGGAAACUCUGUCAGCUCAGCAGCACCUGCAGCUUCUUCGGCUCCUUCAACCUCCAAGGCACCCGCAGGCCCUGCACGACCUGCAGCUUCUUCAGCUUCUUCAGCUCCUUCAGCUCCUGCAGCUCCUUCGGCUUCCAAAGCGCCUUCUGCUCCCAUCAGAGGAUCUACCAGACAGCCUUCCUGGGAGUCUUCCUGGAAGCCUCUCAGCAUCUGGAAGUCUAGCCCUGUCCACAUCUGGAGCCCCUGGUGGAAGCGUGACAACAUGACCAGCGGACCAUACCUCAACACCACACACACCACUGGCAUCAAUGGCACUGACGAUUUCCACCACGAGUACAUUUGCAACAUUGCUUCCCAGAAGUUCGCCAUGAACGGAUCAUACGCCGUCUACGUGUUCUUGGGUAACGUUUCGUCCAACUCCACAGAGGAUCUCCAACUCUCGCGCAACCUCGUUGGUACCUACUCGGUUUUCUCCAACAUGCCAUCCACCGAAAACCACAUGGCAGACAUGGAUCUCAAGAUCACCGGCACCGUUCCUUUGACCACCUCUCUUCUUGGGAAGUACGAGAGCGGAGAGUUAAGAAGUAUGGCUCCUGUUCACGUCGAGCCAUACCUUCGCAAGAACCUACAGUGGAGAGUGGCCAAGUACAAUGGAGGAGAAGUCGCCGUCGCAGAUGUGCCCGAUCUUUCGCUCAACGUUGUAUCAGCUCCCAUCACGCCUGGUCGCACCGAGAAUGACUUCCCUCAGUGGGGCUCCUUCAAGGCUCUCAACAGUGUCACUGCUGGUAAGCCUGGUGGUUACAGUGCUCAGUACUGGACCUGCCCUGAAGAUGGCUCAUCCUUCGACAACAGUUACACGCGCCCUCCUCCGGCACCUGCAGCCCCUGCAGCCAACGCAUCUAGUGCAGCUAGUCCUCAUGUCAAUGGCACUGCUCAUGGCAACAGCACUGCUAACCCAAUGUCCCCCACAACCUACACUGGCUCUGCCAGCAUCAUGAGCCUGUCCGGCUACGCCAUUGCUAUGGCAGCCGCAGCUCUUCUCAUCUAG